UGUUGGCCAUGAUAGUAAACGCCGACAAUAUGGCCGCCCCCUUAAACACGUGGCAUGUCUACCUAGGCAGCCCUUGCCGACGCAGCUGACGUAAUUCGCCCAUCAUUAGGAGUGAAAGUUGGUCUUCAUAUUGCAUCAUCUCCUCUGGCUCAUCUUCAUAUAAGCAUUGGAGCUAUUGUUCAACAUUCAUGUCGCAGUAGGUCGCCGUCACAUUGGUUUGCACGGGAUCACCCUUUGAUUUUGCUGUCGAAGAUUGUCAAAAGACACGUAAAAACCUCAAAUUUGGUACUGAAACCCAUCGCAGACUUGUGAGUUAGGCCUUCACUUUAAUUUAUUCACCGGCUUCGAAUAUGGGAGAUACGUCUGGCGAUGCCAAUGCUGCUGCUGUGGAACUGGCACAGCUGUUCAUAUCAGAGAAGGUUGGGGAUGACACAACAGGAGAUGGCUCUGAGAAGAAACCCUUCAAGACCUUACUGAAGGCCAUGCAUCAUGCUGGAAAGGAACCAUUCCCACCAUUCAUGACUGAUGGGAAGGAUGAUAAAAUGCUCUGGGAGGUGGUGUCUCAGUCCCAGAUCAAGAAGGUCCGUAAGAUAUGGCAACGAGAGGUAACCAAGGAAAAGGAGCAGGCCCAGAGGGAGGCUGAGGAUUUGGAGCGUCGAGAGAAAAAUUUGGAGGAAGCCAAGCAGAUCAAAGUUACAGAGGAUCCUUCUUUGCCUAAAGCUCUGAAGGUGAAGAUUCGUGACACUGGAAGCCAUCGAGACAAGCGUAUUAAAGUGUCUGGAUGGGUUCACAGGCUUCGAAGACAAGGCAAAGGGUUGAUAUUUAUGACUUUGCGAGAUGGGACUGGCUUCCUUCAGUGUGUCCUCAAUGACAUCCUGUGUCAGACUUAUGAAGCUUUAACUCUCUCCACUGAGGCUACUAUCACCAUCUAUGGCACUUUGAAAGCUGUUCCUGAAGGAAAAAGUGCACCAGGUGGUCAUGAACUGCAGGCUGAUUACUGGGAGCUGAUAGGUGGAUCCCCACCAGGAGGAGCAGACAGCAUUCUCAAUGAGGAUGCUCACAUAGAUGUCCAGCUAGACAACCGACACAUCAUGAUCCGUGGGGAAAAUACAUCAAAGGUGUUGCGGGUGAGGUCAGAAGUGAUACGGGCCUUCCGGGACCACUAUGCCAGCAGGGGUUACUAUGAGGUCACUCCUCCAACCCUUGUACAGACCCAAGUGGAAGGUGGGGCAACCCUGUUCAAGUUGCAAUAUUUCCAUGAGGAGGCAUAUCUCACUCAGAGUUCUCAGCUCUACCUUGAGACAGCCAUGCCUGCCCUGGGUGAUGUGUACUGCAUUGCUCAGAGUUACCGGGCUGAACAAUCACGUACUAGGAGACAUCUUGCAGAGUACACCCAUAUUGAAGGAGAAUGCCCAUUCAUCACAUUUGAGGACUUGCUUGACAUUCUGGAAGACUUGGUCUGCGAUGUGGUGGAUCGCAUCAUUAAGUCAGAUCACAAGGAUAUCAUCUAUGAACUCAAUCCCGAAUUCAAGCCACCUAAGCGUCCCUUCCGUCGACUUGACUACAAAGAUGCCAUCCAGUUCCUUAAGGAAAAUAACAUCACCAAGGAGGAUGGUUCCUUCUACGAAUUUGGGGAUGAUAUUCCUGAACUGCCUGAGCGGAAGAUGACAGACAUGAUAAAUGAACCGAUAAUGCUAAUUAGAUUUCCUGCAGAAAUAAAAAGCUUCUACAUGCCCCGGUGCAAAGAUGAUACCAGAGUCACAGAAUCGGUGGACAUAUUGAUGCCAGGAGUGGGAGAGAUUGUUGGAGGGUCCAUGAGGAUUUGGAAGUAUGAGGAACUGAUGGAGGGUUUCAAGAGGGAGGGCAUUGACCCUACUCCUUAUUAUUGGUACACUGAUCAGGUGAGUGCCUUAAAUCAUUUCAGGUACCCUCUGGGAAUCUGUGCCAUUACUGGUAUUGCAUCAUUUCCCCACGAAAAUAUGGGAGCUGCCCACAUGGUGGGUAUGGACUGGGACUGGAGCGAUUCAUCUGUUGGCUUCUGAACCGAUACCACAUCAGGGAGGCCUGUCUCUAUCCCCGCUUCCCAGACCGCUGCAAGCCCUAGGAGCAUGAUCAUUCCUGUGCAUCAAUCAUCUCCUUUCCCACCUAUUCUAUAUUUGUCAGGAAUGAAGCCUUCAUCUGUGGAAUC